AUGACGAAGAGGCCAAUAUCGGAGGACACGCUCUGCGAGAACAUUCACAACCUCUCUGUCUCUGAGGGCUACCAGGCAUGCCAGGGGCAGAGCUCUCGAGACACGAAGAGUUCUCAAGGCAAUCGCUUGGGGUGGUAUGACCAGCUCUUGCAGCAUGCUCCGUGCUGCGAGGCCAACUGCUUGGAGUGGAAGGCUUGGGCCAAUUGCGGGGCGUGCCUCUACCAGCUCGGCGAGAAGAAAGCCAGUUGGGAUGCCUACGUGCAAGCUGCCCAUGCUCUUCGGGGAUUUCGAACCCAGCUUACUGACGAUGAACUGCUCACAGAUGCGACAGUGGGCAAGUACUUGCGCACUCUGGAUCGAGAAUUCAAGGCGGAUGCCUGGGCAGAGGCCGACGACCUGGCGCUCUUUGCACAGCUGGUUCAGUGCGGGCGCGCCAGCGAGCUGUGCACCGAGCGCUGGCAUGAGCGCGGGAGACCGAGCGGCUGA